AUGGCUGCCUUCGUAAGAACCGCAUGUUGGCUCGGUGUUUGCGAAGUUAGGUCAUGCUCAUUGUUUACAUUUUCAUCAAAGUUUGCAUCCAAGGCAAGACAGUUGUGUUCAAAGUUAGGAUGUGACGAAUCGAACCAUACAAGCAAUGAUUGUAAGAAAAUAACUGUUCAAGAUUCAGCUGAUAAAAUCGGUAGCUCAGACUUGGAGAUCGACGGUAAACAAGUCAAAGAACUACUGGAUAGCUUUGCAAAACCAGAUAUAGCCGAACAAGAAGCUUUAACUGGUCUUUCUGAUGAAAAUUCUAAUUUGCAAUUGCCUCGAAGGAAGCCCGCGGUGGACCCCGCGGAUACAAGCAUUCUUCUGUUCCCAGGUCAAGGAUCUCAGUUUGUGGGUAUGGGAGAGAAACUUUUAGGAGCGCCUAAUGUGAAGGAAAUUUACCAAGCUGCAUCGGAAAUAUUAGGGUAUGAUCUUUUAGAACUGUGUUUGAAUGGACCAAAAGAAGAGUUAGAUAAAACUAUUCAUUGUCAACCAGCAGUGUUUGUAACGUCCAUUGCUGCAGCUCAAAGUUUACAACACCAAAACCCAUGGGCAAUUGACAACUGUGUGGCCACUGCUGGUUUCAGUGUGGGUGAGUUUGCAGCGCUUGUGUUUGCCGGUGUAAUGCAAUUUGAAGAUGCCCUGAGGUUGGUUCAGAUUCGAGCUAAAGCUAUGCAGAGAGCUUCUGAAGAUGUCGCUAGUGGAAUGAUAUCAGUUAUGGGUACACACACUACCAAGUAUAGAUCAGCCUGUCUGGAGGCUCGCAGUUACUGUAACAAUGUGUUAGGAUUACCAGAUCCAGUAUGUUCUAUUGCAAACUAUUUAUUUCCAGAUGGUAGGGUCAUUGCUGGUAAUGUAGAGGCAUUGCAGUUCAUAUCAGAGAAUGCAAGACAGUUUGGUAUACGCAAUGUAAAGCGUCUUCCAGUCAGUGGAGCAUUCCACACGUCACUGAUGACCUCAGCCCAGUAUGACUUCAGAGAAGCCAUUAAAGACUUGAAACUUGAACGACCUUCAAUCUAUGUCAUAUCUAACGUAGAAGGAAAGAGAUACAGUUUAUUAAAACAGAUCAAAAAUGCCUUGGUGAAACAGAUUGUGUCGCCAGUGAAAUGGGAACAGUCCAUGCAUGUGUUGUACCAGAGGAGACAAGGAACGAGUUUCCCACAAACUUUUGAAGUAGGACCUGGCAAACAGCUGGGUGCAUUGUUGAAAAGGUUAAAUUUAAAGGCUUGGAAUAGUUAUAAAAGUGUAGAAGUGUAGUUACUGCAGUAUCCAGCUUCUUUAACUCGUUGAACACCAAGGUCAACUUUUGUCACCUUCGCAAAACAAACUGACAUAUUUUUUUCCACAUUUUAUCAAAAAAUCAAGACUGCAAGAAAAAAAUUGUCUAUUUGGUUCAAAAUUAACAGAGAAGAUUUAGGUACAUAAAAAUACUUAAAAUAUUGACCAACAUGUUGGCAUGGAAAAUUAUGUCAUUCAAGGUGUGGGUCCCACACACCAUAAUAUGGGUUGUUUAUUUCCAUAGAACACAUACAGCUGUGAUGGCUA